GAGAGAGUUUGUCGGUGUAGAAGAGGUUGAAGUUAUGAUGACGGAGGUCGAUACUCUGGCUGAAAUUUCGAACGUGAAGGAAACGUCGAUCGGAAUAUUUGUCUCAAAUGUUGAACUUGCCAUUAAUAAAAUAAAAAGUAAAGAAAGAUUAUUUUUGAUUUGUUCUGAAAAUUAUUUGGAAGAAUUGUCGAAUGUGUUGGAGAAUUGA